UCUCCGCCUUGCGUGGCAGUCUCAUGUCCGUGUUUACAAGCGAAGCGUGACGUUCCGUGGAGUCACAAGAACAUAUCAUCAGGAGCUGCCAAGUGCUAUCAAUUCCCCCUUCCCGAAAUGGCCAAAAUGCAGUCACUGAAAGCAUUUCUCAACGAGAGGUUGACAGCAGCGGCCGAGGAGAUUUUCGGCGCAGUUGAAAAGACAAUAGCCGAGUACAAAGAGGAAAUUUGUCGCUCAAAAGAUCUAGAGAUCAAUCGUCUCCGGAUGCAGCUGAAGCUUCUGAAGUCAGUCCCUCGAUGUCCCGGAGCCCAGCUGCAGCAGCAGCAGCAGCAGCAGCAGCACACCCAUCAUCAUCAUCAUCAGCACCAUCAAUCAAUCCCUGUUGUCCCUGCAGUGGAGGCUCCUGAGCCACAGCAGCACUGUGAGCAGGAUGGCAGCAGCAGCAUGGAGCAGGAGCAUCCGGAGCCCUCACAGGUCAAAAAGGAGCAGCAGAAGACACACAGAGAUUUCUGGAUGGGUCAUGAUGAAGAGCAGCUUGAGGGACUCGAGUCUGACAUAAAAGAAUUCAUCUCAUCCCCUUCCAGUCUGAAAAGCAAUCUGCAAGACCCAACCUUACCUUUCCAUCCCUACCACAACAACAGUGAGGAGAAUAAAGAGAAGCCGUAUUGUUGCUCUGUUUGUGAGAAGCGUUUCAGCAAUUGCUCCCACCUUGCAGCACAUAUCAGGACUCACACAGGGGAGAGGCCUUACAGGUGUGACAUAUGCAGGAAGACUUUUAUCACGACGAGCGCUCUGAAUAGACACCAGACGAUUCACACUGAGGGAAAACAGUUUGUGUGUAAUUUCUGUGGCAAAUCCUUCAAAUGGAUGGAGUCCCUUGGCAGGCACAUGAGAAGCGUUCAUAAAAGGGAGAAUAUGCCUCUAUGACUCCCUACAGUGGGCUGUUAUGAUUAUACUGUUCACUGGGCUAGCUGUGUAUUUGUUUUUCUAUGUCACCUAUGUAUGGUUUUACUUUAAAAAAAAGUCAAACAUCUGUCAAAAUGUGAACAAAGAGAGUAAUGGCUGUGUCUUCCAUGUUUAGUUGUGAAUUAUGUUGGUCAACGUGCAUGUAAUUGAAUGUAUAAGUACGGCUCAUUAAACGGAAACACCAGUUGCAGUAAUGAUAUGCAAAUAAUUUGUACAUAUGAUACACUCAUUCACAUAAGAAUUUAUCAACACAGAUUGUGUUAACUUUAUUCUUGCAGAAUAAAAUGUGAAAAUGGU